CGGGUGCCGUUUUGACAGACCCGGAAAUGCACCAGUAGCUACCAUAGCCACCAGGCGGUUGUGUGCCUCUCUGCUACUUUGUUGAGGGAAGUAAAGUCUGUCAGACAUGAGUUUCCAGUACGGUCAGGGUUAUCCAGGAGGAGGCAACCCACCACCGAGUGCUCCGUAUGGAGGAGACAGUGGUCCCUAUAGGCCUCCCCCCUCAGGUCCAUAUGGAGGUGCAGCUGGCCCACAAGGAGGUCAUUAUGGUGGUUAUGGAGGCCCAGGUCAGGGAGGACAGUAUGGCCCUGGUCAAGGAAGUGUCGCCAGCAGGCCAUAUUGGGGUUACGGAGGACAGCCUCAUGGAGGGCCUUACGGACACCAUGCUUCUGCAGGUAACAUUCCUCCUGGUGUUAGCCCAGAAGCGUACCAGUGGUUCCAGACUGUUGACGUGGACCACAGCGGCUUCAUCAGCCUAAAGGAGCUAAAGCAGGCACUUGUCAACUCCAACUGGUCUGCUUUUAAUGAUGAGACCUGCCUCAUGAUGAUCAAUAUGUUUGACAAAACACGGUCAGGUCAAAUAGACCUACUAGGCUUCUCAGCACUCUGGGACUUUAUGCAGAGGUGGAGAGCAUUGUUUCAUCAGUAUGACAGAGACCGUUCAGGAUCUAUCAGUGGCAUGGAGCUACACCAAGCCCUGGCUCAGAUGGGCUACAACCUCAGUCCCCAGUUUUCUGAGACUUUGGUGCGGCGCUUCACCCUGCAAGGCAGGCCACCCGGCAUCCAGCUGGACCGCUUCAUCCAGGUGUGCACGCAGCUCCAGAGCAUGACACAGGCCUUCAGGGAGAGAGACAGGGCCAUGACAGGCAACAUCCGCCUCAGCUAUGAGGAUUUCCUCUCUGGUGCCAUCACCAGGCUUAUGUGAGCCUGGUGUUUUUCUCCAGUUUUCCAGAAGUAUCCCUACUGUACACAUUGGUAUGUGUACAGUACAACUGCCAGUACACAUUAUUCCAUUUCUUGUUGCUGUAAAUAGAUAAAGCCUAUAUAGGUAUUAUGGUGAAGGUAGCCAAACUAAACUUUAACCAGGGAGUUAUCAGCAAAGUGACUGUGGCUUCAUAACAUCAAUCACCAUAUACAAUACUGUAAGUCCUUCUAAACAGUCACAAUCUUACCAUAGAUACCUUGGUGACAGUGAUGGCCAGCAAGUUUCAUACUUCCUAGGCCCAGUAAUUGAUUAAAAUUAUGUCAGGACAAAUUAAUGAGGCAUUCACACAUAUGGAGGCAGUGUAGUUGGCUGGUACUGGGCUCUAGCGAUGUUAUAGUGCUGGGGUUGUGUUGUGUAGGGCACAUGUUCUGCUUUGCCUGGACAGAUGUCCUCUAUCUAGCAUUUUCAGAGGGUAUUUCUAUGCAAUUGCUGUACAUUGUAUUAAAUAUUGCUUUGUAUUGCAGUGUAUGUAAUUAAACAAAGAAUAGAGGCACAUUUUUUAUUCUAACCUCACAUUUAGUGGGGUACUGUUUGUAAAGCUCUGUAAUUAAGUGAUAUGUGUGUGUAUUUGUAUGCAAUUCUGUCUUGUACUUUAACCGAUAAUACACUCCACUGAGGUAUAUAGUAUAUUCUGUAAUCAUUGAACAUGCCAAAAUGCUCCUUAAUUCUGGAAACAAAUAAAUGUUUUUGUAUUACAAUUUGAUAUAAUUCUUUAAAUUGUCUAAUUAAUAAUAAGGAGACACAGAAGCUGCACACUGUACAAACUGUUUAAUCUGUAUUUAAAGGGUAAAUAUUAUGUAAAUGUAGUACUGUGGUAAAACCACCUCCAAUUUACUGUCAGU